AGCCGGGAAAAACUUAGCUACUAGUGUGGCGGGGUCAUGAAGAAGAGGCGGUGGCGGGAGCGUGGAGGCGGUGGCGGGGCCACGAAACUGCGGUAGCUGCCCGCAGGGCUGGUGGUGUGGCCGUGUGUGUGUGUGUGUGUGUGGCGUAGGCCCUAGCCCUCUCUCGGGCAGUGGCCGGGCAUCGGGGCUGAGCGCGGCCGUGGAGCCGCCUCCCCGGGUCCCCUGGCUCCGCCAUGUUCCGCAGGGCGCGUCUUAGUGUGAAGCCGAACGUCAGGCACGGUGGUGGCGCCCGGGGCUCUGCUGCCAAGCCGCAGCGUGGACUGGAGGCCGCCAGGCCACCGGAACCUGCCACGGACCCCAGUCCAAAGCCAGUGGAGCCCACAGAUAUGCCCGUGGCGGUUUUCAGGGGAGCGGAACCCCAAGAAAAGGCUCCUACGAGCAGUGAUGAAAAGAUCGAUGGUGAAAAUAAUGUUGAAGAAUCCUAUACAUCAUCCUCUGCUGUUUCCCUGAGAAGGCGACUAUCAAGUACUUCUAGUCUAGUUGAACCUAGUGUCAGUGUUCCUUCACAGUCUCCUCCCUUACCUACGGUUAAUCAAGGUGUUCCACAGCCUAACCCUGUUCGAACAAAAGAGAAACAGCUAUGCUCAGACAGAUACCGAUUAUACAAAGCCCAGAAACUACGGGAAAUGUUAAAAGAAGAAUUGAGAAAGGAUAAGAAACAAUGGAAAAACAAAUAUGCCAUAAAUGAAAGCCAGAUGCCACCAGAUCGUUCAAAAAUGACUAUGAGAGACUUCAUAUAUUACCUACCAGAUAACAAUCCAAUGUCUUCUUCACUGGAACAGGAAAAGAAAACUGAAAAACCAUUGACUCCAGUCCAGGCAAAAGAUAGGCAAGAAAGUAAGAGUGCUCUUGAUGCUGAGGAUUAUGAAGCAGCAGAAGAAGAGACAGAUGAUGGGCCAUUGCUGGUUCCUCAAGUGAAAGUGGCUGAAGAUGGUUCUAUUAUUUUGGAUGAAGAAAGUUUAACUGUGGAAGUUUUAAGGACAAAAGGCCCAUGUGUUGUUGAGGAAAAUGAUCCUAUAUUUGAGUGUGGUUCUACAACUACAUAUUCCAGCUUUAGGAAAAACUAUUACUCCAAACCAUGGUCAAAUAAAGAAACAGAUAUGUUCUUUCUAGCCAUCAGCAUGGUAGGAACUGACUUUUCUAUGAUUGGACAACUUUUUCCUCACAGAGCAAGGAUAGAAAUUAAGAAUAAAUUUAAACGUGAAGAAAAAACAAAUGGGUGGAGAAUAGACAAAGCAUUCCAGGAAAAACGCCCUUUUGACUUCGAUUUUUUUGCUCAUUUGCUCCAGAAAGUUCUUGCGGAAGAAGAGAAAAGAAAACAAAAAUCGACUAAAAAUCAGGGUGUAAAGAAGAAAUCCUCCAAACCACAGAAAAAUGUAAAAGUGAAAAAAGUUACGAGUGAAGUUGUGGAUGAUGAUCCAGAUGAAUGUGUGAGUGCUAAAAUUUCAGACAUAGAAGGAUCUCAAAGGGAUGCUCAGACAGUCACAGAAGAGGAUUCUCUGACUUCAUCAGGGCAGGAUGCAGAAGUUGUAUUAGAACAAGACCAAAAUCAAAAAAGAAGAAGAAAGAAGAACCAAGAUGGAGCAAAUGAACAGGAAGUACAAAGUCUUUCAGGAAAUGCUGCUGUUCCAUUAGGUUUUUCUGAAGCAGAAAAGGAUAAGAAUAAAUGUCAGUCUUUAAGGCCUGAGGUGAAUGAAAGUGAACGGAGUGAGGAACAGAUGCCCUCUUGCACACAGAACCUAGAUGACACUGUGGAUUUAGUCUCCAGUGAAACAGUUGAGCAGAGAAAGGACCCCAUCCUUUCACCAAGUCAUCACCACAGUAACAUACCAGCAGCAACUGAAUCUUCUGAAUCCAGCCCUUCACCUGUGUCUCCGUCAGAAGUUGCAAUCACAGCACUGUGUGAGGUGAAUCCUGCCAAGCAGAGUUGUAUAAAAGAAAGAAAUGUUGACCAAAAGAGUCAAUCACUGGAAGCUAGUCAAGCAGAAAAUGUUAAACCAAUGUUGAGAGGUCGACUCCAGAGACCCAAACCCAAUCUGUCAAGGGCAGUUGGGAAGAAGCUAGUUCUUUCACAAGCCAAAACAGAUGCAGAGAAUGAGAGUUCGCAUUCAGACACCUCCACUGAAAAGAAUCACAUGGAAAAGAAUAAAAUGAAUACAUUUGACAGUGGUGGAAUGGAGAAUACAGGAAAGGAGAACCAAGAAGCUGAAACUAUGUCUAAUUUAGGUGAAAAAACUUGUCUCCUGGAAGAUAAUCAACCAAAGGCUCCCAGAUCUGCACAACCAGUGAGGGGCCGAUUACCAAGACCAAAGCCAAAUGUGUGGAAAGUUACAGAAAGAAAAGAAACCAUCACAUCCCAAAAAGAAGGAGCCAGUGUAGAGAAGACUCAGAAUGAAUCCUGUGUCAACAAAGAUAUACUUCAACAAAUGGAAGAUCAAUCAUAUAAAAAUUUGGAGUGUGAAGACAAACAACCUGAGAAAAAAGAUACCUCUUUUCAAAAUGUACAGCCAGAUGAGCCCAGGGCGCUUAAUGAAUGUCUAAGCAUUCAAGAGGAUAGUCAAGCAAAUGUACUCAAACAAGUCCCCAUUCUAAGAACUCAAUUUCAGAAACCAAAGCCAAAUAUAGUAAGAGGAAUUAGAAGAAGAAAGAUUCCUUCAAAGGAAGAGGUACCAGAGGAGAGUCCUGUCUCUGGGGGAGAGACAGCAGCUUUGAGGGAGCUUAUAAGACCAGACACCUCACCAGGGGAGAAGGUACCAGUGGUGAUCACUGCUACUUCUAAGGAAAUGAAGUCAAAUUUAAGAGAAACUGGAAGAAGAGACACCUCUCCCAGUGAGAACAUAGCAGAGAUGAGUGAUGUCACUGUGAUAAUGGAGACAGGGUUGAAAGCAACUGUGACAGAGAGUCCCCCUAGGGAGAAGACACCAGAAUUGAUUGAUACCACUGGGGAAAUAGAGACAGAUUGGAAGGAAAGCAGAAGAGAAAUAUUCCCACAGGAAAAUGACCCAGGGGAGGUCAAGUCUAUAGGUGAAACAGAAGCAGGUUUGCAAGAAACUCGAAGAGAGAACCCCACAGGAGAGAGGACCCUAGAGAUGAUUGAUCCUACUGAGGAAAGAGGGACAGAUUUGGAAGAAUCUGAAAGAAGAGAAAUACCUGUCCCAGGAAAGGUCCCAAAGGAGCUCAAAACUAUAGGUGAAGUGGAAACAGAUUUGAAAGACAUUGAAGGAGAAAUUUCCCAAAGGGAGAAGGUACUAAUGGGGGUCAGUACUCUAGAGGAAAGGGAGAUUGACUUGAAAGAAACUGGAAAAGAAGACAUUUCCCUGAUGGAGACAAUAUUAAGAAAGACGAUUGUCACUGAGGAAAUAGAGGCAGAUUUAAAAGAAACUGAAACAGAAAUUUCCUUGAGGGAGAGAGAAGCUGAGCAGAUUUGUGUUAUUGAGGAAAUGGUGGCAGAUUUGGAAAAAACUGGAAACAUAGAUAUUUCUCCAAGAGAAAACCUGGAAGAACCUGCUACCUCAAGAGAAAUUGAGACAGAUGUAAUGCAGAAGAGUAGUGCUGACUGCAGCAUUGUGCCUUCCCUGGAUGUGAAAAAUAUUGUCAGUGAGGUACAGCCGGUGGUGCCUACAUCUAUAGAAGAAAAUAAUUCUGAAAAAGAACUGUCAGAUCACUUAAGUUGUUCAAAGCCUGCUUCACAGAUAUCUGAAUUUUAUAAAACAGAAGACCAGGGGAUACAACCUCCAGAUGUUUCCGAGCACUUUUCAGAUACUAAUUUAAGCCAAUCUCUUCCUCAAGAACAGAAGCCACUUGAAGUGAAACCAGCACCUUUUGUGAGAAGUCGAUUCAAAAGACCAAAACCAAACUUAGCAAGAGCAACUUCAAAGAAAGUGACUACAGAAGCAGAAAAAUAUGUACCUGAGAAGAAGUUGGAAACAAAUCACAUGGAAACCAUUGAGAUUCAACAAGACAGAGAACAAGCUAAUACUCUUCCUUUACAACCUGAUGUGACUUCCAUAUUGGUAUCAAGAGAAAAAGAUAAAUCAGGCCCCAAGAAAGAGGAGACUGUGAUAUUACCAUGUAUACAAACUGAAAAGGACCCAGCGCCGAGUGCUUGUGAACCUGCAGAGCAUUCUCAGUCAGUGCAGACCCAGGAAAAUGACUUAGCUGUUCCCAUGGUGAUUCAGAAGGUAAAUACUUUCCAACAAGAAAUGAAAGAAACUGUUACCCAAAUGGUUCUACCAAUGAGGGCCCGACUUCAGAGGCCCAAACCAAAUGUAAAAAAUGCUAGACAUAGGCAAGUAGUAGAAAAGGGUGAAGCCAAAGGAAUGAAUAAAAAUGAAAGAACAGUGCUACAAAAAGAUGAAACUAACAAGAAAUCCCUGAUAGUGUCAAAUUCUCAAAUUGAAACUGAAAUUGAAGUCGUAUCCUCCAGAGUUUCAGAAUGCAAUAUGGAUGAAAAUCAGAGUCACGAGGUUCUUGUAGGAAAUCUACACGUUAACAAAAAAAAUACAUCCGAUGCAAAGAUGAGAUUUGAAAAUAAGCCCUGUGUUCCUAGUCCAGCACAGUUGAUAAGAAUGAAAUUCCAAAAAACUAAGCCAGAUUUGGGAAGAGCAUGCAGUAGGAAGGUAGAGGAAGCGGGUAUAGAAAAAGGCCCAGCAGAUCAGAGUGGAGCAAGUAAACCAGAAGAAGAUUCACUGCACCAAGGAAAUCUUGACUCCCAGCUCCUUCUAAAAGAAGAAGCUGAAAUUGUGACAUCUCCAGGGAUUUCAGCAAGAAAAGAUUGUAUAGGUUCUGAAGAGUCUGUUUUGGCCAAAAAAAAUGUUCAAUUAGAAGAGGUUGGAUCAUCGGAAAAUGUUAGAGAGGAAACUGUGCAAGAUAAUUCUGCGUCUUCAGUUGUUGAAGAGCAGUGUUUCAGUAAACUAACAAGCAGUCCACAACUGUUGAAAGAAUCAUAUUACUCUAAAACUGCUCUGGAUGGAAGAACAAUGAUCUCUUCUGCCUCUGGGAGUGAGAUAGAUCACAGUGAAAGGAGAAUGCAGAGGAAAAUCAAAACCAGUGUCACCAGAGGGCGGGGAACAAAGCGAGCUCGGGCUAAGACCUCUAGGAAGGAGCCUCGGGCUCCCAAGGCCAUGCUGGUGACUCUUCGGGCUUCCCAGGAAGAAGAUGAUGACGAUGAUGCUCAGGACUUUGAAUCCAACUAUGAAGAUGAGAGCUGCCAUCUUGCCCCAGAAGAAGUAAACAAAGCACCAGUGUUUGUCCCUCUUGGUCUCAGAUCCCCUGAACCUGUUUCUGCUCAGAUUGAGGAAACGAUGGAAGAGGGCUGCCAAAUGAAGAGUGUGAGUGAACCCAUUUCCAUGGGUAUCAAGAAUCAUGUAGCUGGCAUGGUGGAGCAUGCUUAUAAUCCCAGCACUGGGGAGGCUGAGCUUGAAAUAACUGUGAAUGUUGCAGAUGUAGGAUGUGUAACUGUUGUUGAACAUCUGCUCUCAAACACAGAUGAGACUAUUCAGAAACUAGAGCAAGAAAAUAAUUUGAAUAUGUCAUUUGAAAUGACCACAGGUGAACAGAACCAGGAUGAAGCAGGUACCAGUGAUGGGAGCACGGAAGCUGCCAUAACUUUACUUACAAUGGGAGAUCUAAUGCUGCAGUCGGAGAUGAGUACUGACCAGGGUGAUGUAGGAGUAUGUGUAUUUCCUGAUGUUCAUUCAAAGGAUAAAAGUCAUAUUCCUUUUAGCCCAGAUAAUGUAAGUCACAAAAUUGUUCACGAAUGUCAAGAGCUUUCUUCAUUUGUCAUUAAUACAUCUGCAACUGAAGAAAACAAGUGUGUAUCAGAGAAGCAGAAUAGAGAAGAAGUUGGAUUAAAGGAGGAAAUAAUGGAGAACACUACAUCAACCAGGAGUACAGCUUCUAAAGUGGAUAGUAGUUUUCAAAAUAGAAGUAGAUUUGUCAGGCCUGAGCCAAAUCUUGAGGUAUUAGUGACCAACAGGGUUGAUGCUCAUCAGGAAGUUUCCGGUGUAUCCAAAGGGGAUGAAGUGGAAAGUCAAAAAGAAACUGAGAACAUUGCUUCCAAGGCAACAGAAUUGGAAGAUAAAAACUCUGGGCCAGUCAGGACAGCAGAAAAUCAGGAGCAGAACCAAUUGGCAUGUGUGCAGCAUAUCAAAGGGACCAGUAUUUCACAAGAAGCAAAUCCAACUGCAAGAAAUGAGGAUCAAGAAGAGAACUCUCAAGAGGUUCAGAUGUUGCCAGUUGCUCCCAAUCUUUCCUCUGAGGCAGGGCCCCCCACACUUGUUUCCAGUGGGGGUCUCAGUAAGAAUUCUGUUGAAGAGCCCCUGAUAAAGGAUGCUAAAGGAGACAGUGUAUCCACACUUCAUGUGCCGGAGUGUACACCAACUAGUAUUCCAGAAGUGCAACAAGAGAAUAUAACCAACACUCAAGACCUAACAGUGAAUCUGUUUGGGAAUGUGCAUCAAGACGGAGAGGAUGAGCAAGCGUUCAUUUUGACUCUAGUGGAAAUCCCAGCCAGUGCUGCAGAGGAAUUCACUGAUGCUGCUGCACAGUUAAUGCCAAGUCCCGUACUGCCCGCGCCCAUCCUGGUCAAAUCUGGUAAUCCUAAAGAAAAGGCUGAUGUUAGUAUGACCUUACCAGUAACUUCAGUUGGUGAAGAUACUGUGUGCUUAUCUAAUUCUGAAAGAGCUGAUUCUGAAAAGUCUCCUGCUAAUUUGGAUCUUAUAUCUAGGAAGAGAUUUCACUGCAUGCUUGAUGAAAGUGAUCAAGUUCCUCCUACCAAAAAAAGUUCACUCAUUUUAAGGAAUGACCUGCAACAGUAUACCUCUGAGGUGUGCUCAAAGGAAUUAAAUGCUUUUGAGGAAAAAGGAGAAUCUCACAAGGGACAAGGUAUUUCUACCACCUCAAGAAGCACAUAUACAAUUCCAGAACCUCAGAAAGAGCGACUUGAACCAGUCUUGCAAAAUAAAGAAUCUAGAUCUCUUGAUAAAAUAAUAGGUACAUGUAUAGAGAAGAAUAUGCCUCAGUUGUCUCAGGAUAACGCGGUUAUGUCUGAUGAAGAAAGAAUUGAUGCAGCUUCUAAGUCUGAACAGAGGGGAGUCAGGACAAAGUCUUCAAAAGCCCCACUCACCAGGUCUGGCAGAAGACCCCUGGGAUUUUUAGCUUUAAUAUGUUCAAAGAAUAAUUUGAUGGAGUCUGAUGAACCUACUCAUGUCCGUAGCAAAAAGCGCUUGAAACCUCUUCUACCUGUAUCAAGACGGAAUUUGAAAAGAUCUAAUCCACCCAAUGAAACCCAGAAAAAAAAUCAAGAGUCCUCUAAUGUGCUUCCAUCUCCAAGUGAUGCCACCAGUACUCAAGCUGAGGAUGCCGGCAACGCAGCAACUCAGGUUUCCUGUGAUCAACCGUCACUGAAAGAAGAAUGUAAAAGUGGCCAAAAGCAGGCACCUGAGUCGGAGGAGCCAUCCACAGUCUCGGAAUAUUUCUUCGGUGAUAUCUUUAUCAAAGUAGAUGAAGCAGAAUAAAACAGCCUUUGGGUUUUUCCUGUUCUUAUUUUCUCUUUUCAAUCUUGGAUUUCUAGAGCCAGUUGGAACAACAAAGCAGUAUUUAGAAAAAAGCAUUGCUAUUUUUUUUUAGGUCAAUUUUGAAUAUUUAAUGAACUUGAUUUGAAACAUUCAUAAUCAGUGGAAAACAGUGCUGAAGUUCCUCUCAUUCUGGCUGAUUGGGCAUUUUGGAAACACCAACCAGGGGCAGCUGCUCUGAGAAAUAGCGACUUUGUUUACAUUUCCACUCUGCCUGCGCUGAGCACACCUAGCUACUGGGGACUGUUGUGGACAAAUGUCUGGCUGAAUCACAGUGCCGUCUUAUUGGGAAUUGAUUGUAUUUAACAUUUAGCAAACUUCUUUUGUAAAGUUUUGUUCUGUUUCUGUUGCUUUUUUGGGGGAUGAUGAAGGCCCUUUCAGUGGCCUCUAAUACGAAAGCAAAUUGUGAAUCUCCACUUUAGUAUGUGACCCUUAAAAUUUUUAUUUUAUCAUCUGUCCGAAAAACAUGUAUUUUUCUGUUUCAUGGUGAUGUAACAUUAGUCCUGAUUGAAGAACUAGUAUUUAAACUUAGUAUUUAUAAAAAUGACACAUCAAAGAGUUUAUUUAUUUUUAAAUUUUUUUAUUUAAAAGGAUAUUCAGUUUUAAUUAUUUUUACCCCUCAGAUUGUGGGUAAAGAAGGCAUUAACAAAUUUGUAUUUGUCUCAUUUUCCUCUUUAAAGAUAUUUAAAAUGAUGUAACUCAAAAUUUGGGGAUACUUUUUUUUUUUUUUUUGGUCUUUUGAGACAGGGUCGCGCUAUGUAGUUCAGUCUGGCUACGAGCUCACUGUAUAGCCCAGGCUGGCCUGAAACUUGCAGCAAUUUUCCUAUGUCUGCCUCAUGAGUGCUGGGAUCACAGGCCUGUGCCACCAUACCUGGUGAUAUAUAUAUGUUUUGAGUACUUUUUUCCUCAUAGUUUAGUAUAUAGAUUUUGAACUGUGAAUGUUUUUGCUUUUCUUCUAUUUUAGAUAAUCUCAGGAUUUUCAUGAGGAGAAAAACUAAUUCAUCUAUAAGGAAAAUUUUCACAAAAAACUCAAUCUCCUUUACAUAUUCAUACUCCUUUUUUAAAACACCUAUUUUUUUUUUUUUUUGGUACCGGGGAUCAAACUUGGGUCCUUGCGCUUGCUGGGCAGGCGGCAGAACCACUGAGCUAAAUCCCUGGCCCAAUACCCCAAUUUUUUGAAACAUUUUACCUCAUUAAAUCCUGGUCAAGGAACGCUUAGACCAUUGGCACAAGAUAUAAGCAGAAAAUAAGACUAAGAAGUCAGCAAUUACCAAUAUUAAUUUAAAUCAUUUUACUUUUGAAAUUUGAUGCUUUACUCGUGUGCUAUACACAUAUAUGACAUGUAUGUAAUGUAUAUAUGAUAUGUAUAUGUUGUAUAUAUGUAUAUAUAUAUUUCAAAUCUACCUGAGCAAAUUUUUCCUGCAACAAAUUUCUCAAAAGAGCAGAUCUAUUCUGAUUCUGUUUGGAAAGCCUUCUGCAAGGUAAUGUUGGGUUCCCAGGUUCCAUGGUCUCUGGUAGCUCCUCAGCGCCUCCGUUUCAUGUGGACCCAGCUGCAGCCGGUACUCGAAUGGAGUCUGUGACUGGACUAGGUUGGGUUUGGCCCCUGCAGUAGACCAUUUUCUUUAAGGUGCUGACAGCUGUGUAUGAGUUCCUUGUCACUGAAAUUCUGAGUUAUGUCCACAGCUGUGUUGAUUGCUUUAUGAAAUGAUUGGUAUUUCAAUUGGAAAACUAUUUUAAAGUCUAGAUGAUUUUAGUGUUUGUAUACUGAAAGGAUAGUGGCCAGUUUUCAGGCUCCUUAGUAAAGUGGACAGCAGCCCAGCGAGUCCCAACAGUGAUGUUGACUUGCCAACAGUGAUGAAACUAAAUUCGCUCUUAGAGCCUCCCCCCCCGCCCCCGCCCCGGCACAGAGUCUUGCUCUGUAAUUCAGACUGGCCUUGAACUCACUAUGUAGCCCAAGUUGGCCUCAAACUCAUGGUGAUCCUCCUAUCUCAGCCUCCCAAGUGCUGGGAUCACAGGCAUGCGCCACCACGUCCGGCUUCUUUUAGAGCAAAUUUCUUACUUGUUGCCUUAUAGUGAAAUUUCCAAUUUCACUUUACCAUUGUGUUGUAAAGGAAGGUCUAUAAAUCUGAGUGGAAAUUCUCUACAAUUAUGCAUUUAUUUAUUUCAUGUGAUUAAUAUAUCAAAAAUCAUGGAGUAUAAAUCAUGCUAUUUUAAUAUCCUGGUUUUGUAAAUUUUUAUGUCUUAUUCUGAAAAGGUAUUCUUUUGUCAGUGUUAGUGUGGGUGUUAGAUUGCCAUGACUAACCUAUUAUUUAUCCCUGUAUAAUAUUUAUUUUUUAACUUUGUUAAUGUCUUGACACACUCAUCCACAAUAAACUAGUUUUAUGGAAGAUACAAUUUCUUACUCAGUAAUGGAUGCAGGGACAUUCAUUGUAUAAAUAAUCACAUCAGUCAACAAAUUAUCCUGUUAUAUCAUUAAAAUUAAUCUUGGAAAAACAGAAACUUACUUAGCAUAUUUACCUUACAUGGUGGAAAUAUCUGUGUUAAGUCUGAUUGAUGUAAAGAUGUUAUAAAAAUUUAUAAACCUUAAAGGAGAUGUGAUAAAAGGUGUUUAUCUUAAUUUUUUUCCUCCUGAAUGCUUACAUCUUAACAAAUGACCAACAUGGUGGUUUAAAAGCUUAAUUGAUGGUGGAUGAAUGAGGCACAGAUAAAAGUAGUAAUAUCAACUGUUUACUACCAUAUCCAAUACAAGUGACCAUGUAUAUUAUCUUGCUUAAAGAAGUCUUUGACAAAAAAGCAAUAUCUGUCAUAUGUAAAUUUUCUUGUUUUAAAGAAAGCAGUUAUGUUCCAUAGAUAUAAAUUAUGUAAAUAAAAGUUAUUUUAUACCAUU